CUACCAACGUGUGCAUGUCACGUAGUAGUAUGUCAGUACUACCGACGUUAUCGAGUGUCGUCUUCUGUUUACUUCUGGAAGACCCACGCUGAUUCCAUGCAUGGAGCACUUUCAGGAGGAUUUGGUAGAAGCACUUAAGGAAAUAGUGAGAGACGGGAACUGGCAGGUUGCCGGGGAAAAGUCCAAUUUUCAGGCGCCAUGCACCAAGUUAUAUUCGGAGGACGGCGAACAUUUGGUGUUAGUGCACACCGAAGAUGACCGAUUCUGGGCUAUGGAUUCGGCUUGUCCACACGAGGGGGGCCCAUUGGAACUUGGUGACAUUGAGGACCUUGGCGACGGUAAAAAGGCUCUGAUCUGUCCGUGGCAUCAUUUUGACUUCUGCCUUGACACGGGGGCUUCCUCUACUGGGCUGCAGAACCAAGUUUACGACGUGAGAGUGGUCCAAGGCAUGGUGUAUGUCAACACACAGAACGAGUUGUGUCUGAACCCUUUUCCAGACGGCAACACUGCCCCUGUUGAUAAACCAUACAUUGAAAAUGGUGACAAACAGACGUCAGACAGUAGCCUGUGCUACUGGGCCACAAAGAUCCUGUGUACUCCUGAUCCAGAGGAGAAGGUGGCCUUGACCCUGGAGGUGCAGAGGAAGUGGAACUCGGGGGAAAUCUCAGAUGUGGGUGAGGCCACGCCCCCAGCCCAGCCCAGCAGGAAGGACAACCUGACUGUGCUGGAGCCUGGCAAAAUCAAACGUGGCAAAGGAGGGACAUUGGCCAGCCGUGUUGCCCUUCUUCACUCCUUAGCGAACAUUGAGCAGUGGGCCAUUGACCUGUCCUGGGACGUCAUCGCACGCUUCUCCAACACCAAGCUGAGCACAGGAGAGCCACUGCCUCGGCAGUUCUUCAGUGACUUUGUCAAAGUGGCCGGCGAUGAGGCCAAGCACUAUCACCUGCUAGAGAAACGGAUCACAGAUCUCGGCAGCUACUUCGGAGCCCUGCCUGUGCACAACGGACUGUGGCAGUCUGCAUCAGACACUGCUCAUGACCUCCUGGCCCGACUGGCCAUAGUUCACAUGGUACAUGAAGCCAGAGGUCUUGAUGUGCACCCCCAGACACUGUCUCGCUUCGCUGCCCAGGGCGACGCCAAGUCCGUGGAGGCCCUGGAGGUCAUCUACUCCGACGAGAUCACCCACGUGGCGGCAGGCCUGCGCUGGUUCACCUAUGUCUGCGGCGAGGAGGGCAGGGAUUGUGUGCCUGCGUUCCAUGAGCUGGUGAAGGUGCAUUUCAAAGGCUACCUGAAACCUCCGUUUAACACAGAAGGGAGAAAAACAGCAGGGAUGACAGAAGAGUGGUACGUUCCUCUUGUAAAACCCUCCAGCUGACCAAAGGGAAUAUUAUUUAGAUCAUGACUGAAGCAAAGGGAUUUCAGAAACCUGCCCCGACUGGGACAUGAAAUGGACAGAAGACCAUUAAGAGACUGAUGUUUUCCAGCCAGGACGAAUAAAUGGGGAGAAUAGAUGGAGAAUAGAAGAUAGAAAUCGUCUCACUACAAAAUAAGAGGAUGUGGCACAGGGCAGUCUUUCUCCUUACUGUGUGUUACUCCUUGCAACUGUAUUUAUGUAUGUAUUUAUGUCAUUUGAAAACGUUUUGGAUAUGCAGCUUAUUAAACUCUUAUUAAAUGUUAUUUGUAA